UAGGAUGGUGUGCCUUCUUAAUUAGUGUACUUAGAUCGGUUGAAUAGUUAAGAGAAGUUUUUUUUUUUUUAUAGAAUUUCUUAAUAGUAUCGAGAAGACAAUACGAUAAGCGAAGAGUUGGAUUUUUUCUUUCCAUUAUUUUUUCUUAUUCGUUCAACGCGAUUGUUCGUUACGAAAGGAAAUAUCGAAAAAAAAAAAAAAAAAAAAUAGUAUUAGGGACGUGAAAAAUUUUGUAGGACUUGCGUGGCUACAAUCUAAAUAACAUGUCUGAUACGAGACGUCGUAGAAAAUCCAAUCAGUCCUGUAAUUCAGACGAUCUCUCCGAUUCUUACGAAGAGUUGAACGCCACUAAAGAAACGCAAAGUAGUGAACAGACUGAUGGUCAUCAGGAUUCAGAAUGUGAUGUUUACGUGACAGAUUCCGAUGCUGAAUCGCAAGAAGGUGUAUUGCGAGAAAGUGGAGAUGGACAAGAGGAAGAGAAACCACAAAAAAAAUUAGAUGAUGAUGAAGAUAGACGAAAUCCUCAAUAUAUACCAAAACGUGGAACAUUUUAUGAACAUGAUGAUAGAACUACGGAUGAAGUUACAGAAACUAGUACUGAAACUACUAAUGAAAGAGAAACUAAAGAAAAGAAAGUAUGGAAAGAUAAAGAAGAUAGAUGGGAUCAUGAUAGAUACAACCACGAAGAACAAGCUCCUAAAAGUCACGAAGAAUUAAUAGCAGUUUAUGGUUAUGAUAUUAGGAAUGAGGAAGGUCCACCUAGAGCUAGAAGGAGAAGAAGAUAUGGACGUGGACCAAAUAAAUAUACACGUAAUUGGGAAGACGAAGAUGCUUAUGGUAAAACUGGUAACAAUACAACAUCUAAAAGCAAUAAUAAAAAGUUCAGUAGAAGUGGAGAAGAUUUUCCUGCACUCGGUACUAAUAAGAAUUCCUCUACAACUGUUGAGGAACCGGUAAUAUCAUCAGCCUGGUAUAAUAGUAAAAGUAAGACUAUAAAUAAAACCCAAAAUUUUCCACCCUUACAAUCACAGCAUGACAUGCAAAAAACCAAACCUUCUGGAGCAUCUGUUGGCCAAACAAAUGAAAACAAAGUUCCAAACGAGUCCAAUAAUCCGGCUUGGAAAAAAGAGGGUAAACAUGGAGCACACAAUCAAAAUUCCAAUGGAAACAAUGGAUCUAACGGAGAUGCGGAAAAAUCUUUUGAAACUAAAACUUUAUCAAGAGAGAGUAACAAACGAAACAUACAAGAUUCGACUAAUUUCGGAACAAACAGAGCUCGUGGAAGAGGAUUUAAGGCUAACGCCAAUAACAAUAUGUUGAGCAAUAAAAUUAUUGAAACAAAACCUAAAGGAAGAGGAGCUGGACCAAUUAAUUCUGAUAAUAGACGUAAUAAUACGAUACAACACGACGAUGAUAAUCAAAUUACGCACGACAUGAAAAAUAUUCACAUCAACGAUGGCGCGCAAUAUCAUCAAAGUGGUAAACAUAAUAAAAAUUAUUAUGCACAAUCUUCUGGUCAACAAAGAGCUAACACUGUGCCUCCAAGAAUGCAACAACAGCAAUCUCAUCCAACGCAAUCGCAACAAGGACACCAAUCGCAACAAACAGUUCAACAACAACAACAACAACAAAAUCAACAACAACAUCAACAACAACAACAACAGCAACAACAACAACAACAACAACAAGACAGCUCUGGUAAUAGACCAAAGCGAUACUCCAGCCUUCGUCAACGUCCUGCGGUUUCAGAAAAUCCUACGCAACAGAAUUAUCAGCCCCCUCAUGGACAACAUGGACAACAUGCACAACACACACAACACGCACAGCAUGCUCAGCAUUCACAGCAUGCUCAGCAUGGGCAACAUGCUCAGCAUAGUCAGCAUGGCCAGCAUGGCCAACAUGGACAGCAUGGCCAGCAUGGCCAGCAUGGCCAGCAUAGUCAGCAUGGCCAGCAUGGUCAGCAUGGCCAGCAUGGACAGCAUGGACAACAUGGGCAACAUGGUCCACAUGGGCAACAUAAUCAACAUGGACAACAUGGACAACAUGGAUAUUUUGCUCCUCAAGCUGGAAAUUCAAGAGGCGUUUUAGAUUCUCAAGGGUAUCCUCCUGGGCAUUUCGAACAAACUGCACCUGUUGCUGCUCCAGCUGCACCUAUGGGUGGACAACCAGUAAUACCUUUGCCACCAAAUGGUCAACCUGCUAGCUAUGCUCCACCUCCAUUUUUGGUGCCACCACCUCAAUUUAUACCACCUCAAACUGCUCCUCCUAGCAUAAUUAAUUAUGUCCCUGGCCCUAAUGGGCCAGCAUUUCCACCAAACUUUCAAGGAUAUCAAAGUUAUACUCCCCCAGUUCCAGCGCAAGGACCACCUCCGCCGCAAGAAUUAUAUCAACCACAAGGCUGUACUUAUUAUAGUACUGCGCAACAACAACAACCAACAGCUCCUAUAAGACGACCAAAGGCAGCCAUUCCAAUUCUUCCACCUCCAGAUAAUCAGCAGCAUCAAAGUAAUCGUGGCAGAGGUAGAAGUAUUCAAUCUAAUCAACAAACUAACCAACCUGGUAGUGUACAACAAAGUGAACAAGAAGUUAAAAGUAACUCCGUGGAAAGUGAUCAAAAAAAUAUGUUAGGACAAUUUGAUAAUCUACAAAAUGAUCAGUCGGAAUCGAUCCAACAAAAGGAAGAAACCUCGAGUAUUAUAACAUCGAGUGAUAUAGUAAACAAAGAAACUGUAAGCAAAAAUAUUAACAACGUUAAUAUAACAUCGGUAGAAAAUUCAGUUGUUACGAUGGAUAAAGUAGAAGAUACAAGUAAUAAAGAAAUACCGCAGAUAAUUGAAGAUAGCGAAAGUGUAAUUACUUCCAAGUCUAUACAAUUGGACAUUGAUAAGACUGAUAGCGAGCCAUCUAAGCUUGAAACUACUAUUUCUGAAACUUCUGUUGUUGAGGAAGCGGUUGCCUAAAUAAUCUAUAUGAUGUUAUAGAUAGAAUGAGUUAUUAAAAUGUCUAAAUGUUCUUUAUAAUAAUCAAGUUUGGAAGAAGCUAACUUAUCGUAAAGAUAUAUCCUUUUGUUUAAUUGCGGUUUUAUAAGAUCUUUUGUAGAGAUAUUAGAAAAAAUGAUACACCAGAUCAAUCCAAAUGUUAGUCGUCUCAGUAAGUUGCUUCUUGUAUACAGAAUAAUCAAGAUUCCUCUUAGAAAAUCAGGAUAUAUCUGUUAUAUCUACAAUCAGGUUUGUCUAAACUAGUGGAAUAUCCGUUUGAAUUUUCUUUAUGAAUUGUUUAAUAUGAAAAUUAAUUUAAGAUUUAUAAUAAAUCGAUAAGUCGAUGAAAGAUCGUCAAUCAUUUUUUAUAAACGAGAAUUGGUUAUUUCAAUGUCAGUAGAAGAAACGUGUAGCCUUGAAUAUUCAGUUAGACAAGUCUGUAUAAUAUCACGUUACAGAUAUAAUAUUAAUUCUAAAUCAAUUAUGUAACUCAAUCGGACUAUGUACAUUUCUAGAUAUGUCAAAAUUGAUAAUUUAGAAUUACGAUUAAAUCGUAAAGCUAAUUUAUAUUGAUUCGUCUUCAACUAUACUGCCAUGUAUUUUAAAUUGGGUUUUUCUGCAAUAUCUGAUAUGCA